AUGAACGGAGCUGCCGUAAAGCAUUUCCCCCCUCUGUCUCCCCACCACUUCCGACGGGAUCCCGCCGCCGGGCGGGCGCAAAAUGCCGUGAGCGGCGGCCGGGCCCGGCCUGUGUGGAGGACAGUCCGGAAGGCGGUCGGUCGGGUCGGGCGGCGAAAGAGUCCGGGAGCGGGAGGAGGGCCAGGCCGGAGGGCGAAAGGGGCGACCCGGCUCCGUCCCAUGCCGCGUCGGCGCCGGGCGGGCCCUGCCUUCCCUUCCCCCUCCAUGCGGGGCCCUUGGAAUGCUCUCAUGUCUCAUGGAGCACGCUGUCAUUAUGGCUGGGAUCACUCAGUCCAUAAAAGGAAGCGGCUCCCUCCGGUAAAAAGGUCACUGGUGUGCUACCUGAAAGGAAGGGAAGUGCAUGUACAGAAUGAGUCCAGCUACCACCGACUGUUGCACGGAUACGCAGCCCAGCAACUGCCAAGUCUCCUGAAAGAAAGAGAAUUUCAUCUUGGGACCCUUAAUAAAGUGUUUGCCUCUCAGUGGCUGAAUCACCGGCAGGUGGUAUGUGGAACAAAGUGCAACACUUUAUUCGUGGUCGAUGUUCAGACUGGCCAGAUUACCAAGAUUCCCAUUCUAAAGGACCGGGAGCCUGAUAUGGUAAACCAGCAGGGAUGUGGAAUCCAUGCUAUUGAGCUGAAUCCUUCAAGGACCCUCUUGGCUACUGGAGGCGAUAACCCAAACAGUCUCGCAAUUUAUCGUCUGCCUACACUUGAUCCUGUUUGUGUGGGAGAUGAUGGCCACAAAGAUUGGAUCUUUUCAAUUGCAUGGAUCAGCGACACCUUGGCUGUUUCCGGAUCACGAGACGGUUCGAUGGGGCUCUGGGAAGUGACAGACGACGUUCUGGCCAAGAGUGACGCAAGGCGCAACUUGUCUCGAGUUCCUGUCUACGCUCACAUAACACACAGGGCUCUGAAGGACAUCCCAAAAGAGAAUACGAAUCCAGACAACUGCAAGGUCCGCGCUCUUGCUUUUAACAACAAGAACAAGGAGUUGGGAGCUGUGUCCUUGGACGGAUAUUUUCACCUCUGGAAAGCCGAAUACACGCUGUCAAAGCUGCUGUCAACAAAGUUGCCGUAUUGCCGGGAGAAUGUGUGUCUGGCCUAUGGUCAGGAGUGGUCUGUGUAUGCUGUUGGAUCUCAGGCGCAUGUCUCGUUUUUGGAUCCAAGGCAGCCUUCUCACAAUGUGAAGUCGGUCUGUUCGAGGGAGCGAGGCAGCGGCAUUCGCUCCGUCAGCUUCUACGAACACAUUAUUACCGUGGGAACAGGGCAGGGUUCGUUGCUCUUCUACGACAUCCGAGCCCAGAGGUUUCUGGAUGAGAAGCCGCCGCACAGUUGCUGCGCAUCAAAAUUAGGAGGAAGUGAAAUUCUCAAGCUGUCGACUGGCAAAGGUUGGCUGAAUCAUGACGAAACUUGGAGAAAUUACUUUUCAGACAUCAGCUUCUUUCCAAAUGCUGUUUACACCCACUGCUACGAUUCGUCCGGCACGAAACUCUUUGUGGCAGGAGGUCCUCUUCCAUCUGGACUCCACGGGAAUUACGCUGGUCUCUGGAGCUAAUCCCUCGUUCUUAGAAACGAGGUCCUUUCGUGCUACUUUCUCCCCUCCUCGUCCAUUUCCCCCCCUUUUGAAACAGACAAAUUGUGUGACAACAUUAUCCUCUUCUGGUUUUGAUGCAACUUGGAAUUAACUUUUUUUGGGAGGGGGGGAACCAUGUCUUCUCCUGGUCUCCCAGCAGUUUUUGUACAUUUUGAACUGUUUUUUGUUUUGUUUUGUUUUGUUUUAAUCUCCUUUGAUCUUUAUACAAUGGGUUUUUUAACCCCCAUUUUUAUUGUAUUUCCUAAACAUGGCUGAGUCUUUGCCCCGAGCUGAGGCUAACCAAACAUGUGUAUCCCUUCCUGACCUUACUUUGCUGUGAGGUGGGAAACCUCCAUUAGAUCGGCUGCUGCCGAGCUUUCUGUGAAAGCCCAGGGGCUGUGUGCGUGUGUGUAUGUGUGGGCGUGCGUGCGUGCGUGCAUAUGUAUGUAUGCACAGGUACCCUGUCAAUCACAUUACCUGGAAUAAAACACAACUUGUAAUUAAAAAAAUUAAAAAGUAUUUAUAUAACGAGAUAUGUUACUACUCUAUCCACAGAGCCCAGUUUGCAUCUGGCUUCAUGCGUUUAGGCGGAAAUACAAGUUUAACUAUGCUGCGUGUGUUGCUCUGGCCCAACGUCUCGCCGGCCCUCGGGGUCCGUGUGAACAACCUUUCCUGCCCUUGCUUUCCCUUUCCCUUCCUCAAGGAGGUAUCCGAAGAAUUAACGUGGUGGAGCGGGGCUGGGGGAGCUGACAAGUUAGAAAUUGGAAAGAUGCAGAGCACCUAAUGAUGGCUUUGGCAUGGAGAGUUUUAGGUAGCUUGAGGUUUGCAACUGAGGCUGCCCUACAAGCGUGAGGAGGGGUUGCAGUGCCUGGGGCGAAUCAGGCCUCCGGUAUCCCGCCAGUCGCAGCUUUACCCUUGCUUUGAAAACCUUGUGUUGUUUGCUCAUGAAAAGCAGCACAGAGUAGGUAUCGAACCCUCACCCUAAAUGCCGCCCCUGGUGUUUAACACACAGACACACCACUCUGGUGUCCGUGGGACCGUCCAGAACAUUUUCCUUGCACUGCAGACAAGAAACCAGAGGGUUGCUUUUCCGCUGAGAUGAGAAGUGUAGCUCAGGACCUAAUUGGGGCUUAAAUUAACAUGCUUUUGCCUGACUUGGCUGGGAUCCCUGCAAGCCUGUCAUUGUGGCCCAUUUUGCCAGGGCUUGUUGCUCGUGUCUUGGGGAAGAUCAUUUAAGGCUUCAGCGAGCUUAAAGAAUCCUGUCUCCUCAAAGAAGCAUUUUUGCUACAUUUCUCCCUUGGAUUCACUGCCUUGGGCUGGUCUCCUUCCCAGCCGCCUCCAUCAGAGUCUGCCUGAUUUUUUUCCUGCGUCGCCACUGGGCGUGCUGUGGAAACCUCUCAUUGCUCCCAGUGUAGAUUAUAUUAAGGCAGCCCCCUUCCUUCGGAGAAAUGUGGUGGUGGUGUCGUCCUUUGGGUCUCCUCCUUCUGGAGGCAUGAUGGGAGCAGGAACUCUUGAAGAAAAAAGGGUCAACAAGGACAGGUAUGAACGUUCAAGCCUUUGGCAUGGAUGAGAUGACGGCACUAUAUCUCCAAUUCCUGAUUCAGGCAAAUGUGGCUUGUCCUGUGUCACUCUUCUGAUUUGGCUGCCAAACUUGAGUUACAGCGUUGUAUUUCAAGCAUAAAGCUUUUCCUGUAAACAUUCCUGGCACAAAAAUCUUUAGUGCAAAGGGACCGGCAAAGUAUUUUCUAUGGAGAGAGGGAGACAGCAUCACAGGGGCCUCCUGAGAUCAAACAUUGGGGUCUCCUUUUAAGACCAUUUUCCAGCUGUGACCCAAAGGAGGGUCUAAAUCCUGGCCAUGCGCCUCUUUGGAAAUAACUGUGUGUAUUAUUAGUAUGGAGGUCAUGGGCCUUGUGUCUAAUAUUUCCAAAAGCAGUGCCACAGAGUAAAUGAGUAAGUAGCAGGGGUUUCCAGCAAGCACUAAUUUGCUUCUACGUUUAACAUUUUCAGUUUAGCUCCCAAUUUCACAAACCUAAAAUCAAAUCUAGGUAAAUGUAAUCAAAUAUUAUUCUAAAUAGCAGCCCAGAGCUGUAUAUAGUAUGUUCAUUAAAUGUCUGGAUGUGUUUCUAGAACUUAAGACAACCAGAGCAAUAGAAUGUGACAGUUUUGAAUGCAUGGGCCCCUUCUCUACCUGCCUGUUAAAGAUCUGUCUCAGUUCUGCCCUAUAUUCUUUUGUAGUGAGUAAGCAAAUCUGCUGCUUUAGACUUGACUUUCCUCUAGAAAUAUCCAUGGCAUCUUUUCUAAGCACCUCUGGAGAAACAAGGGCAGCUGUUUACUGCCAAAUAACCAGUGAGGAAUUAUAAACCAGGGGGCAUUGGGUGUAUCCACCAGCAGGCACCAAAGCAGCUAUAAGAAUAUAGAUUCCUGUGAUAUGCAUAACACAUGCGUGGCACUGGAGUGACGGUUCACAUUUAAAAUAAGAAAGGGAAGCAAAGACAUUUUUAUUUAUAGGGCAGGGUGGAAAUUCAGCAGUUAAAGGGAAAGGAAACACUGCUCCCAGAUUAGGAUGCGUUAAGACCACUUGGCCAGAGUCUUUUUGCAGAUGUAUACUUGAAUAAGGGAGAUUGCGUAAUUCUUGACUACAAUUUGCUGCUCGUUAACAAGAUGGUAGUUGCAUGUUCCACAGGUUUUAUUAAUGAGUGUCGCCUUGCUUCCAGACUUGCUCAGUUUCCUUUACUCAAGCAUAAAGAGUAGGAUUCUGGCCUUUCUGUUUACAGUUACCACCAUGUUAUUAGCAUGAAUGAUAUUAAGCAAAGGAAGAUGUUCUCUGACAUAUAUGCCUAGCCCAUACGUUGAUGUUGUACUCGGAUGGUUGACCCUCCCGAUCUUGUUAAGAUGCAGUUCCCAUCAGACAUAAUCAGUGGCAAGCUCUGAUAAGAGCUGCAGUCCACCUAUAUCUGGAAGGCCACAAAUUGCCCAACCCCGGUUUGAGUUGACAUGGCAAUGUGAUGUGUGUAGACAUUGAUGGCGGUUUUGCACAUUACGUAGGUGAAAUAGAUUUACCACUGAAUGUCAUGCUUUGUGGGGAGCCUUAGCCAACCUUGGUGCAACAUGUAUAUGUUUUCACCCGAUGUGUCUGUGGGUACUUACUUGCCAGUCCUCUAGGCAGGCAUUCAAUGCCUUAGGUGGUGUCUACUAGGCGUAAAGAAUAACAUGUAAAACAAUUCUAAGCUGAGCGUAGAGCAGAACGGCACGUACCAGAGUACAAACUUUCGUUCUCCUUCCUUUAAUAGUGUCCUUGUAAAGUAUGUUUCUUGCUUCAACCCCUUUAAGUUCGACAGGGUGGUUCUUGGCUAGGCGUUGGGUACACUUCCACAUCAUCGUUAAACUUGUACUUUCAAAAAUCAGCCUGUGCAACUGGUCAGCUCUUCCUCAUCGCCUCCCACAGUCUCAGGGUUUAUAUGUCACUACAAUGUUCAUCCAAAUAACGACACACUGGACCACUCAGAUUAAUGUGCCUUUCUCUAUGGUACCUUGAUCUUUGCAAGCUGCUUACAACAGGAAUCUGUUUUGUCAUCGUCUUUGAACUGGGCGUUCGUUUUGUCUUCUUUCUUUUUUUUUCUAAAAUAAUAAGAAUGAGGACAUGUUCUAAGCUGCAAUCAAGCUGUCCUUGAAUUGUAACUCUCAUUUCAUGUUCAGGAGUGUGGUGUAUAAAAUCAGAUGUGCAGAUUU